CCCGCAAGAACUGGCAGCUGUGUGGUGGCCCUGAUGACUGGGUCCUGGUGGUGGAGUGGUGAGGGGAGCGGAAUGUUUACAAAUUGAGGUUUAGUUUGGGAAAAAUGCCGGCUGAACGUAAGAAGCUACCCAGCAUGGAGGAGAGAGAUUCUGUUAAAGAUUGUAGUGAGAAAAGGCCAACCAGCAGCAGAGAGCGAGCAAAAGAUGAAAAGUCAAGCAGCAAAAGAGACCAAUCCAAGGCCACUGAGGAGAAGAAAAGAAAACCUGAUGGUGAACAACGCAAGAAAGAGGAUAAGGAUGUUAAAAAGAAAGAGGAUGCUGUAGGGAAAACUGAGGAAGAAGAAAAACAAGCGCAAGAUGAUCAGAAGAAGAAAGCUGAUGAUCAAGAAGCUGCUGCAAAUCAGUUAAAAGAGAAGGAAGAAGCACAUCAGCUGCACCAAGAAGCCUGGGAGCGACAUCUGGCCAGAAAAGAACUUCGAGGCAAGAAUCAAGGCGCUCCUGAACACCGACCUGAAGAGCAUUUCUUUAGUAAACUGGACUCCAGCCUCAAGAAAAACACUGCCUUUGUGAAGAAGCUUAAAACCAUUACUGAGCAGCAAAGAGAUUCUUUAUCUCAUGAUUUCAAUGGCCUUAACCUAAGCAAAUACAUAGCAGAAGCUGCCGCUUCCAUCGUUGAAGCAAAACUAAAAAUUUCUGAUGUAAACUGUGCAGUCCAUCUGUGUUCUCUGUUUCACCAGCGGUAUGCAGAUUUUGCUCAGUCUCUCCUUCAGGUAUGGAAGAAGCAUUUUGAGGCUCGGAAAGAGGAUAAAACUCCCAAUAUAACCAAACUUAGAACCGAUUUGCGUUUCAUUGCCGAGUUAACUAUCAUUGGGAUCUUCACUGACAAGGAAGGGCUCUCUUUAAUUUAUGAGCAGCUGAAGAAUAUCAUUAAUGCCGAUCGGGAGUCUCAUACUCAUGUGUCUGUAAUUAUAAGUUUCUGCCGUCACUGCGGCGAUGAUAUCGCAGGUUUAGUUCCCAGAAAAGUUAAACAUGCAUCUGAGAAAUUUGGUCUCAACUUUCCCCCAAGUGAGAUCAUAAGCCCAGAGAAACAACAGCCUUUCCAGAAUUUGAUGAAGGAAUACUUCACUUCCCUUACAAAGCACCUAAAAAGGGACCAUCGGGAACUACAAAACAUAGAACGCCAGAACAGGCGCAUCCUUCACACCAAGGGGGAGCUGAGUGAAGACAGACACAAGCAAUAUGAGGAAUUUGCAACGUCUUAUCAGAAAUUACUGGCAAAUUCUCAGUCUCUCGCCGAUCUUCUGGAUGAAAAUAUGCCUGAGCUUCCUCAAGACAAGCCUGUAACAGAAGAGCACGGACCUGGCAUUGAUAUAUUCACACCUGGAAAACCUGGCGAGUUUGACUUGGAAGGAGGCAUAUGGGAAGAUGAAGAUGCUCGCAACUUCUAUGAAAACUUGAUUGACCUUAAAGCAUUUGUCCCUGCGAUUCUGUUCAAGGACAAUGAAAGAAGCACUCAAAGCAAGGACAUUGGAAAGGAUGAUACAAAGGAUUCCAAAGACUGCAAAGAAGGAGAGGUGUCCACAACAGAAGAACUUGAACUGGAGUUGGAGGCUUUGGAAAUAAAUGAUGAUCCCAUGGAGCUGGAAGGUAUAGAGGAGGCUGAAGACUUAACUAAAAAGCUCCUCGAUGAACAAGAGCAAGAAGAUGAAGAAGCAAGCACUGGCUCUCAUUUGAAGCUGAUAGUGGAUGCAUUUAUACAGCAGUUGCCUAAUUGUGUCAAUCGGGAUCUAAUAGAUAAGGCUGCAAUGGAUUUCUGCAUGAAUAUGAACACCAAAGCGAACCGAAGGAAACUGGUUCGAGCUCUUUUUAUUGUUCCUAGGCAAAGAUUGGAUCUGUUGCCAUUUUACGCACGAUUGGUUGCCACAUUGCACCCAUGCAUGUCUGAUGUGGCAGAAGACCUUUGUUCCAUGUUAAAAGGGGACUUCCGAUUUCAUGUAAGGAAAAAGGAUCAGAUAAACAUUGAAACCAAGAACAAAACCGUGAGAUUCAUUGGAGAGCUUGCCAAGUUUAAAAUGUUCAGUAAAACAGACACUGUACAUUGUUUAAAGAUGCUUUUGUCAGAUUUUUCACAUCACCAUAUUGAGAUGGCCUGCACCCUGCUUGAAACCUGUGGACGAUUCCUCUUCAGGUCUCCAGACUCGCACUUACGCACCAGUGUUCUCUUGGAACAAAUGAUGCGCAAGAAGCAAGCCAUGCACUUGGAUGCAAGAUAUGUAACAAUGGUAGAAAAUGCAUACUAUUAUUGCAACCCACCCCCAGCUGAAAAGACUGUGAGAAAAAAGCGUCCACCACUGCAUGAAUACAUUAGAAAAUUACUGUAUAAGGACCUUUCAAAGGUCACAACUGAGAAGGUUUUGCGCCAGAUGAGGAAGUUGCCUUGGCAGGAUCCUGAGGUGAAAGAUUAUGUCAUCUGCUGCAUGAUCAACAUUUGGAAUGUAAAAUACAACAGCAUCCAUUGUGUGGCUAACCUCUUGGCAGGCUUGGUGCUUUAUCAGGAGGAUGUUGGAAUUCAUGUGGUAGACGGUGUGCUAGAAGAUAUACGUCUAGGGAUGGAGGUAAAUCAGCCAAAGUUUAACCAGCGCCGGAUAAGCAGUGCAAAAUUUCUUGGAGAACUUUAUAACUAUCGAAUGGUUGAAUCUGCAGUUAUAUUCCGCACACUUUUUUCCUUCAUAUCUUUCGGUGUAAACUGCGAUGGUACUUCCAGUCCUUUGGAUCCUCCCGAGCACUUAUUUCGCAUUAGAUUAGUCUGCACUAUUCUUGAUACCUGCGGGCAGUACUUUGAUCGAGGCUCUAGCAAGCGCAAACUUGAUUGCUUCCUCAUUUAUUUUCAGCGUUAUGUCUGGUGGAAAAAGAGUCUGGAUGUGUGGACAAAAGAUUACCCAUUCCCCAUAGACAUUGAUUAUAUGAUUAGCGACACACUCGAGUUACUGAGACCAAAGAUGAAAUUAUGUAACUCGCUAAGUGAAGUAAUGCGGCAAGUGCAAGAUUUGGAGCGAGAGUUCAUGGUAAAACUAGGCCUUGUAAAUGACAAGGAUUCAAAACAUUCCUUGACUGAGGGUGAGGCACUGGAAGAUGACGAUGAUGAUGAAGAGGAAGAAAGCUCCAGGGGCAGAGACAGAUGGAGCAGUCUGGGAAUGAAAGUGAAAAUGAAUGAUCGCGAAGAAGAAGAUGCUUCUGAAAAUGAAUUGGAUGAAAGAGAGGAAGAAGAGGAGGAAAACACAGAUUACUUGACCGACUCAAACAAGGAGAAUGAAACUGAUGAAGAAAACAAUGAGGUGAUGAUGAAGGGAGGUGGAAUAAAGCAUGUAGCCUGUGCAGAAGAUGAAGACUUCAUUCAAGCUCUAGACAAGAUGAUGCUGGAAAACCUUCAACAACGCAGCGGAGAGUCUGUGAAAGUGCAUCAGCUGGAUGUUGCCAUUCCCUUGCAUCUGAAGACCCAACUGAAGAAAGGACCAACCUUAACCAGUGUGGAGGGAGAUGCAAACUGUGGCGACACAAUGCCAUUUGUGAUGCUAACCAGGAGAGGCAACAAACAGCAGUUUAAAAUUCUAAAUGUACCACUGUCCUCCCAACUGGCUGCAAAUCAUCACAACCAACAGCAAGCAGAGCAAGAGGAAAGGAUGAGGAUGAAAAAGCUCACUUUGGACAUUAAUGAACGUCAAGAACAGGAGGAUUACCAGGAAAUGCUGCAAUCUCUGGCUCAGCGUCCAGCUCCAGCAAAUACUAACAGGGAGCGUCGGCCCCGGUACCAGCAUCCAAAAGGGGCACCAAAUGCAGAUCUCAUCUUCAAGACUGGCGGCAGGAGACGUUGAUUCAGUAACUAGCGCCAUUCCAUUGGGCCUUCUACCUGACAACAUGACUAGUGGAGUCCUUCAGAUAUUGUGUGAGAUCAGCAGCACAUCGCAGCAUGUUCAGAGGAGAGUUCAGGACAGUGCUGGGAGCCAGGAGGUGUAGAAACAGCAGCCUCUGCUUCUGUCUGUGUCCAGGCUGGAAGCUUCUUCUCAACAGACACACACUCGGAGUGAGCACUACUUGCUGAUAAGGCAUCACAGCGGCCUUACACUGGAAGAGCAGCAGGGAGACAGAAGACUUUAUGUAGCAGCAGUUCAGUUCUAAAUAGGAAGAGUUUCAUUUUUAGUAGACCGAUUGCAAACUAAGUUUUGCAAAGUGGGGAGAAUUUAAUGCAAACCAUAUACUUCCUCUGGUUGGUAGAAGCUAAAAGCUUCAAUGGCAGCUGACCCACCUCACAGAGGAAAUAAGGUGGAAAACCCUUCAGAUUGGUGUAAGGAAAAAAACAGAAAAAAUAAAUUUUUGUUUACACUUAAGUUUUCUUUAGAUUGCAUUUAUAGUUAUAAUGCCAGGUAAAAACAUUGUUGCAGAGCUUUAGCCUUCUUGAUGUAAAAUCUGGCUCAAAUUGCAGAUUUUUUUUCUUUAGCAUAUAAAAUAGGAUAGAAUUGUCUCCCAUACGGAUAGCGGCAGAAAGAAAAAUCACCUAAAGUGUGUUUUAAACACAGCUGGCUUCGUAUGCCACAGGACAUGCGAAGAACGCAAGAAAUACAGCAGACUGUAUAAAUUGUGUGUAUAAAUAUUACGUGUGAAGGUAAAAACCCUUUUUUCUUUUUGUUGAAUGGUGAAUAAAUGUUGCUUUUCUGUUUCUCUUUA